CACAAUGCGAGCUCUGAUAGGUCUCUCGUUCAUCGUUGCCGCCGUGUCGGCCGGCUACGCUCCUGUCUACGCCCCACACCCCGUUGCCUACGCCGCACCCGCUGUCAGCUAUGCCGCCCCUACAGUCUACGCUGCCCCCACAUACAGCUACGCUACGCCCGUCACUUAUGCUCAGCCUACUGUAUACCCUCAACCCAGAGUCACCUACGCUCACGCUCCUGUGAGCACCUCCUACGCUAACACCUACCGCGUAGCCAACACAGCUCGUGCCAUAGUACCUGCUCCCUACGUCCCCGUGGUUCAUGCUCCAGUUUUCGCUCCGGCUGUCAACUAUGGAUACUCAGGGUACAACCCUAGCAACGCCAACUACGCUUCCCGUGGAAACUACGCUCCUCAGACUACCUACGUGACUCCUUCCUCCACUAUUUCGUCCAGCUAUUCAAGUGCCUCUAGUAACUACGACUCGACCAACAACUUCUCUUCAAACUACUUUGGUAGCUACAACGGUGUAAGUGGAUAUUUUACUCCUUCCAACAACUACAGAGCUUCAGGAUAUUCAAGACCUUCUGUUAACAACAACUACGUCGCUAGUGGUUAUUCCAGCCCUUCCAACAACCAGCCUACAGUAGGAUAUUCCAGUCCAUCCAACAACUAUCCUACGGUUGGAUAUUCCAGCUCAUCAAAUGCCCCUAGUGGAUAUUCUAACCCUUCCAACAACUACCCUGUGAAUGAAUAUUCCAGUCCUUCUAACGGCCCUAGGGGAUAUUCUAGCCCAUCCAACGGGCCUAGCGGAUAUUCCAGCCCAUCCAACGGACCUAGCGGAUAUUCUGGCCCUUCCAACAGCCCUAAUGGUUAUUCCAUCCCAUCCAACGGUCAAAGUGGAUAUUCCAGCCCUUCCACUAGUUCUACUGGAAAUUCCAGCCCUUCCACUAGUUCUACUGGAUAUUCCGACUCUUCCAACAGUCCCAGUGGAUAUUCCAGACCCUCCAACAACUACCCAACCGGCGAAUACUCCAGUCCUUCCAACAGUUACAGAAGUGGCAACUCGUACGAGAACUAAAUCUUGGUUACCAAACACAAAUUUGUACAUACAAAACGUAGAUAGUUAGUUAUUAAAAGAAAACU